UGCCUCCAGGGAAGCUGACUCCGAGCUCAUGGCUGAUGCACAGGCGUUGCUGUAGUUUUGCCGGAUUUCCCGGAAGAACACGUUGGUCUCCUUCAGGUUCUUUUUGAGCAGAAUGGAGUGCUUGUUGUAGCUGCCGAAGAUCCGUGUCAGCUCCCGGCGCUAGGUGAGGUUCGGCCAGGAUGAUGGAGGGCUCCAGCGUUGGCCGACUCUCGUCAAACUGCUGGCCGCCGGUGGAGAGGGUUUUAGCCGAAGCGGAAGCUCCGGUCCUCCCGGUCCAGGUGAAGAAACAAGCCGUGAAGCGACACCACCACAAGCACAACCUGAAGCACCGCUACGAGUUCCUGGAGACGCUGGGGAAGGGGACGUACGGCAAAGUGAAGAAAGCUAAGGAGAGAUCCGGCAGAUUGGUUGCUAUAAAGUCCAUCAGAAAGGAGAAGAUCAAGGAUGACCAAGACCUGGUUCACAUUCGCAGAGAAAUUGAGAUCAUGUCAUCGCUGUGUCACCCGCACAUCAUCACCAUCUAUGAAGUGUUCGAGAACAAGGACAAAAUCGUGAUCGUGAUGGAGUACGCGAGCCGAGGGGACCUGUACGACUACAUCUGCGACAGGAGAACCAUCUCUGAGCGGGAAUCGAGGCACUUCUUCAGACAGAUUGUGUCCGCCGUCCACUACUGUCAUCUGAAUGGAAUAGUACACCGGGAUCUCAAACUGGAGAAUAUUCUACUGGAUGGCAACGGCAAUGUCAAGAUUGCUGACUUUGGCCUGUCCAACCUUUACCACGGAGACGAGUACCUGCAGACGUUCUGCGGUAGCCCGUUGUACGCAUCCCCGGAGAUUGUAAAUGGCCGCCCGUAUCGUGGUCCAGAGGUGGACACGUGGUCCCUCGGGGUGCUGUUGUACACGAUGGUCCAUGGCACCAUGCCCUUUGAUGGAAACAACCACAAGGCACUGGUCCAGCAGAUCAGCACUGGAAACUACCGCAAACCAAACAAACCCUCUGAUGCAUGUGGCCUCAUUCGCUGGAUGCUGAUGGUAAACCCCGACCGCAGAGCGACAAUAGAAGAUAUUGCAGGACACUGGUGGCUUAACUGGGGCUACCAGCAGUCCCUCCUGGCUGAGACGAAAGUCAGCCCGGUCGAGGAGACGACGUCCACGGCCACCACGUCAGCGCCACACCCGGCCGGGCUGGCCAGCGUCGCCAGUUGGCUGCGGCGUACGUCGCGGCCUUUGCUGGAGAACGGCUCCAAGAUGCGCUGCCUGCUCCGCCCGCAAGGCAGCGGGGGCGAUGUGGUGCGCCAACGCUCCCUGCGUAGAUCACGGAAGGAGAACAACGUCUCCCAGCCCAUGCACGAAGCAUGCGCAGACACUCGGCCUUCCAAGGGGAUUUUAAAACGAAGAAACAGUGUGAAACAGAAAGUUAUGAGCGAGUCUCCUAGUGUAGCUUCACUGGAGGAUCAGAGUAUGUUGGGUUUGUCCCCCCCAGCCAGUGCCGCCUCUGCCGCAACACAACCUCGCAAAGGUAUCCUCAAGAAGCCCACAGAGCAGGAGUCAGGCUACUACUCCUCCUCUCCUGACAGCAGUGACUCUGGCUGUAAAGCGUGCCCCUCAGCCCCAACGCACCGGAAAGGCAUCCUCAAGCGAAACGGAAAGUUCUCCUCAGGCGGGCUGCAGGAGUUUGGCUCCCUGGAUCAGCUGGCGGUUUCUUUACCGCACAGGAGCGCCAGGAUGAGACCAAGUGGGGCCAUCAGCAAGGACAGCAUUCUGUCCUCUGAGUCCUUUGACCAGCUGGAUCUGCCAGACCGUGUCGGACCUCCAGCGCAUGCGGCGAAAGCCGGCAGCAGGCCCAUCAUGAGAGGAUGCGUGUCCGCCGACAACCUCCUGGACAUCCAGGAAGACCGUGUUCUGGGAGAUGGGAUACAGAGACCCUGGAGCUGCUAUGAGUCCGGUGUGGCUGACAGCGCCUUCUCUAUUGCAGACUGUGACAAUGUGACCGAGGCUUACAAGCAGGCCUUGAUUAUUAACAGCCCUGCAGCAAGCUGAGCACCGCUCAACUGACUCACGACCAAAGUGCAUUGUGACAAAUUACCAGCGCGCUGUAGCCAACAUCAGGAAUUGCACGAUACCAAAAAAGGGAACAGCAAAGGGAUAAUUUGAAAGGUAUACAGUGGAACCCGUUUAUAUCGACCAGUUCAUCAAGUUCCGGUCCACCGUGUUCUUACGACUGACAAAGUUCCAGCUUUUGUCGACAUAAAAUGUGAAACCCAAAGGCGUAAUUUCUUUGAGAAAUGGGACCGUUUACGUCGACGUGCGCCGUCAUUAUCGCCAGCGACAUAACUAUCGUCUCGUUACACGGCAUCAAAACGAGCACACGGUGACUUCCCGUUCAGUGCAAAGUAAGCGUCAAAAUAAAAGCACGGCAGUAUGAACUUGGAUUCUACCACAGCAAUUUACAGUUUACAGGUUCUCACUUUCUUUCACCGGGAAUUUUUUUUGGGGGAAAAAUACAUUUUUAAAUAACCACCUAUCAGUUUUGGAAAUAUGUGACUUUAUUCCAAAAAUAAUAUGGUUAGAAAUCCUGCAGUUUUUGCAUAUAUGUUGUUUGUUGCGAGCAGCGAGCCGUCCCAAUUUGUUCUAUGGUCCUUGAACGCACCAUCUAACUUUCACCCACGCUGCACAGAUAGACUACUAUACUGUUUCCCCUUUUUCUUUCAUCUCAUAUUUGCUCACAAAUACUGAUACUAUGUGGGAAUGCAUAAAGGUAAGGGUUGAUAAAGUUAUUGAGUGCUAAUGUGCAUAUUUUUCCGGUCCACAACCUCAAGUUUAAAUCAUGCUAGCCUGGUAGCUUACACAUCAAACAGCGAUGUUAUCAUCUUCUCUCUGAAAAAGCCAUUCCAGGCUCGUACUGAUGGUUGGUGGCUCUGUAUAAGUUCUUUGUGCUUAUAAUUCGAUGCUGCGUCUGUCUCAGUUUAAAUGUACAACGACCCCCCCCCGCACUCUCCCUCCCCGUAGAUUCAAAAAGGUUGGGGACCAUUGGUCAUCAUUGUAGUGAAGACACACAAUGAAAUUACAGCAGCACCUCUGUCAGAUAAGACUAUAAAAUAUCACAUGUAAACGGAAGAAAAGUCAAGACUAAAUGUCCAAGCAGUGGCAAACUGUUUGGGUGUGUUGACGACCGCUUAUGCCGACAUGAGUCACGGGUUCCACUGUAAGGGAGCCAAAAAGUCCCGCCAAAACCAAAACACCUUGAAUGUAAACUGUCGCGUUAGUCGUUGAUGCCUUUUUAUCUAACCUGAGCCAGUUCUUUUGAAGCCAGGUAUUUAUGGCUUCAUUGCGCUUUUAUCACUUGAGGACUGCUGCGCUCUCUGCUUACCUGCUGCAGCUUUCACUGCAUUUUACGACGCAACGACGUAACAUUUCACAGUGACAAAGAGCGCUCUCACCUUGACGUUAUUUAAGAAUCCACAAAAGCUGGUGACAGGGACUGUUAUUUAUAAUUCGUGUUUUCCUUUGAAAUGAUGUGGACUUGAAUAGUUCUCAUGACACACUGACUCCUAACAAGAAGAACCUGCUGGACCUGCGAUAGCGAGCACGUGCACGGCCUUUUUGAGAGAUUACUGUUUGCUUUUUUUUGUUCCAGACUCAAUGCAGGAUCUGUUUUGUACAAUGGAGUAUUAGAGCCACAUUGGGGGAAAAAAACAACUCAGAUUUCGUCAUGAAUUUACGAGAAUAAAAUUGUCAAUUUAUGAGAAAGUCGUAAAUUUAUGACAUAAAAGAAGUCGUGAUAUUACGAGAAUAAAUUCCUAAAGACUUUAUUUCUCGUAAAUUUACAAGAAAGUUGUAAAUUUACGAGAAAUAAAGUCGUAAAUUCACGAGAAUAACGUGUCGUGGUGUCAUACGUGUCAUACGUGUCAGAGGGAAAAUAGAGCAUAGCUCUUCAGGAAGGAAGGAAACUUUCCUCUUGCUUCAGGCAAGCUUUUAUUUAUAACGUGGCAGCAAAACAGCAGUUGAGCACAACCAAAUUAGCAUGUCUAGCUAGCCCUUCUCACUUCAGCCUUCCUUACCCCACCCCCUUUUGCUUACCCAAGGCCAAAGGUCACAUAAGUCGUCCCCCCUUUUCAUAGCUGUCUCAGACAUUGCCUGUAACAUAAAGUUACCAGUUUUUUCUCAUAAAUGUACGACCUUAUUCUUGAAAUCUCAGCUUCUUUUAAUACUCGGUCGUAACAGGCGUUGCCUAAAAGCGGGGACCUACGUGACCUUUGGCCUUGGGCAAAGGUAAUAUUGUGAGUUUUUUUUCUCGUAAAUGUACGACUUUUUUCUCAAAUGUACCACUUUAUUCUCGUAAAUUUACGACUUUAUUCUCGAAACCUGAAGUUGUUCAACCCCCCCAGAGUGGCCUUAAUACUCGCUAGUUUUGACCGACUGUAUAUGGCGAGCUUUAUUUGCUAAUUGUGGAACAGUUGAAGGAAAUAUCAAAGAUGGCGCUCAGGUGUCUUUUAGGUUACGGCUCAGGGUUCAGUUUUAUUUGAAAACACCUUCACACCUGAGUGGAUUACAAGUUCAUCACAUCUAAAAUAACUAAAGUGCCUGCGAGGUGUUCAUAAUACCUGAUGCUGUUGAACUGCUUGUUAUACAAUUUUGUGUCUCAUACUUAACACUGGAAUUCUUGACAUGAGCACAGAGUAGUGAAGAAAAGCAUCACCAAAAGGUGCCCGAGAACGGGUGAAAUUACCCUUUGGAAGAAAAGCUGCACAGAACCAAGAAGUGCAUCUCUCUCCUGAAACUGGAAUGGACUUUGGUUUUGUUUUGUGUCUUUCCUUGACAAUCUGAAGCUUAUCAGGAAUGCAAAGCUGACGUCGAAUGUAAAGAGCGCAGAAAAUCUCAAAAUUUCAGCUAGUUCUUCUGUCAUUUCAGGAAUGGAAGGGAGUAGUGUUCAUGGAAGCAUUUUUUUUGUGGUUGGAAUUUCACAAGCAUUUUGAUAUUUCAUCGCCUUUUUUCACCAAAUGUGGCAGAGUCCCCCCCAAAAACACACACACACACACACACACACACACACACACACACACACACACACACACACGUGCCAAAGAUGUGAUCGGCCACAUUCUUGUGACUGGGAUGAGGAAAUCAAUAAAAACAAAAGCAAGUACUUACUGUAAUUGCUGCCUCACGUUGUCAAUCAUUUACAUGCAACACUGUUAUGUAAUUGUUUUCGUGCAAUACAAUUUGAUGCAGUAGAGAGAACAUUUUAUUUAGAAAAAAGCUACUACUGAUGUUUUUAGUCCACAUACAAAUGGCAUACAUCAGGGGUGUCCACAUUCUACAAACUUAACAAGAAAAAAAAAAAAGCAAAAAUGGGAAUCGGUAAUUUUAUUUACAACAAUAAAGUCAAAAAUAUUAAAAGAAAAAAUUGAAAUCCAACAGUCAGAAUUUUACAUGAUUAAUGUAAUUUUCAGUAGCAUAAAGUUGAAAUAUUAGUGAAAAAAAAAGUUGAAUAUUACAAAAAGUUGUAAUUUUUGUAAAAUUAGGUUGUGGAAAAAGGUGUUAUGACAAAGUCAAAAUAUGGGAAUAAAGUCCAAAUUCAGAGAAGAAAGUUUAUAAGAAGAAAGUUGAAAUAGUUGGGGGGGAAA